UAAAAUUCUGAAAUGUACAUUAUUUUUCAGUUUUGAGUAACCUUACUUAUUUUUUUAACCUCAAGCAGUUAACUACUUACCUUUGGACCAUUUCAAGCUAUUCAUUGGACUUGAACUGCUCAAAUUUCAAUAAAAAAACUAAAAAGACUGGGUGUUCUAAAACCUUUGACCAGUAGUGUAUAUUACAGCACAAAUGUCUUAUUCUCUAUAUACACAUGCUCAGUGUCAUUUUAUGGGGUUGUCAAAAGAACAUUAGAAAGAUUUCUAACACAUGACAAAGGCCAACAAUGUGAGUCAUAUUUCAAUAUUCACGUGUGCCAACUGCAGUGCAGAGGAGAAAGGCAUUUUCACCAUAUUUGCAGCUGACUAGUAGGAGAAGAAGGACGAGAACAAAUGGCAAAGUACAUUUACAACCGAAAGAAAUUACCCUCCACGUUGCCCGAAAACAUCACCCGGCGUGAGUCUGAAAUACAGUUCCCGAAGCAUUUGGUUCCAGCUCAGACUGUCUGCCAAGAGUGCACGGGUCGUGUUUCCUUAACAGAGCCAGUGCUGAUCACCAACAAAGCUAGAGUCAUUACCUUCACCGGACUGAUGGAAGAUAAUUGCAAAUUUUUCAAAAAGUGUCCAACGUGUGAAAUGGUCUACCGUUACCAGGAGUGGAGUGAGGGUCUUUUACAAUUACAAUGACCACAUCAUCCUGAGUCUGCAGCUGUGCAUUCUUCUGCAAAACACAAUCAAGAAAAUUUUUUUAGAAUCACACUGAUGUCUAUGGAGUGGUGGAUGUCCUGGAGCGGACAGUAGGAGUCAAGUCUCCAUGUGGUAUAGAAGUGCUUCAGGCAUACCUCCACUUUGAAGCUCUUACAAGUCACGACUGUCAGUCUGGAGUCAUGAUGGAUCUUUAUCGAAAGGGGGUUUUCAACAUGGCAGGGACUGAGAUUCAGGGCCUGCCUGAAUCCUUAACUGAAGAAGUAAAUGCAGAGGAAUUCUGGGAUUCAGCGUGCAUGGAGAUCAUAAGAAGCAGCCUGCUGGCUCCAAGUUCUGCCUAUGUAGCCACCUUAGACGGUAACCUUAAAGACGCUGCAGUGUCUGCAGGCGCAACCUCCUCCGCCCUGGCUGAAAGAAAGAGGCUGAGCAAACAAAGAACGGAGGAGUGUCACAGGUCCAUGACCAGGUAUCUUGUGAAAGGACUACUUCCAUUGUCCACAGUGGAGUCGCCGUGGUUUAGAGAGAUGAUUAAGAUGCUUAACCCAAAGUACCGCCUGCCUUCCAGAGAGCAGCUCAUACACACCCUGAUGCCUUCCUGGUUCUCUGUCGAGAAGAAACGUGUCAUCAGAGAGCUGCGACAAGUGUCCGAGGCGGCAGUGACGUGUGACUGGUGGACCAGUUUUUCCCACGACCUCUACCUGACAGUCACGCUACACUUCAUAACCAAAGGCCAGAUGAAGCAGAAAGUGCUCCGUACGAAGCCCGUGUACGAUGCUCAGACAGACACGGUAGUGUCAGAGCAGCUCGGCGGCGUGCUGGAGGAGUUCGGGGUCCGGGACAAAGUGGUCGCCGUGACGGUGGAUAAUGCCUUUGGCAUGGACAUUGCCAUCACUAAAAGGCAGUUUAGGAAGCUGAGGUGUUUUGCCCGUAUACUCGGCCGUGCUGCACAGAAGGUGUACACCAGCAACACUGUGACCAGAUGGGCAUCAAAGAUAAGAGCUAUCGUCGUGUGGAUCAAAAGGUCUUCCACAGCGCAAACAGUUCUUCUGGAGAAACAGCAGCUUUUGGAUCUACCACUCUUUGGUGCUCGAUGUCCGAACACGGUGGGACUCGCUGUACCUCAUGAUGGAGCGGUUUGCAGAGCAGUAUGCUGCCGUACAGGCCGCCACCAUAGACCCACGGAUCAAACAGUCUGCGGAGAGGAAAAGGAUGGUGAUACCUGGAAGUUCCUACAGGAGUCGAGCGCUAUGGAUCCAAGGUUCAAGAACAGAAUUGACUCGGAUGAGAUUUGGUGCGGAGUGAGAAAGCAGUUAGGGUUGCAAACACAACAGAGAUGUCAAAUCAGGAGGAAGUUGGGCUUUUGCUGGACAGUGAUGCUGAUGAUGAAUUGGAGCCAAUUUUUUCUUCAGAUGAGGCCGAGGCUAACCGGCCUGGAGGAGCUUUUUGAAGAGGAGGACAGAGCUCUGAAGAGCGUUACAGCAGCAGAGAAGACCCCAAUACCUGAACGAGUCCAGAGAGAAAUCCAGCUGUACAGAAAACUGGCUGCUGUGCCCACAUCAGAGGACACUCUGGCCUGGUGGUGGAAGAGACGGGACUCGCUGCCUCUCCUGUCUCAGCUCUCCAACUCAUACCUGUGUAUCCAAGCAUCGUCUGCGUCUCGUGAGAGAGUGUGUUCCACAGCAGGGGACACAAUCAGCCGAGACGGGUCACACAUUCUACCAGAACAGCUUUGUAUGAUACCCUGGAAUGAAGACGAAGAAGAAAAUACUGUGUUCACGUUAGUUUAUUCAUCAUGUUAACCAUCAGUUUUUUCACACAUCCCAUCAUUAAAGUCUGU